GUUUCAUUUAUUUCCACAAUUUUAGAAAAUAAAAACUGUGUUAUUGGACGUGUUUACCAGUAUUUUUUUAGUGUACAAGUUGCUCCGUCGUUGGAGUUUAGAGCUACGUAAAAGCAUCAGUAAAAAUGGACGACUUAAUUGCUCUGAUCCGGACGGAAAUUCCGGAGGGGAGGCAGAAUCUGCAGGAAAGCUACACCAAUUUGGAACGGGUAGCCGAAUAUUGCGAAGAUACCUAUCAUCGUUCUGAUAACAAAAAAGCAUCUCUGGAGGAGACGAAAAACUACACCACUCAGUCGUUGGCCAGCGUUGCCUACCAGAUCAACACUUUGGCUUACAACUUUCUGCAGUUGAUGGAUCUUCAGGCCACGCAGAUGGCCGAAAUGGAGUCCCAAAUGAAUCAUAUAUCCCAAACGGUGAUGAUUCACAAGGAAAAGGUGGCUAGGAGAGAAAUCGGCGUUUUGACGGCCAACAAGGUCAGUACCAGGCAGUACAAGAUUGUGGCCCCGCUGAAUCCGGAAAAGCCUAUCAAAUACGUGCGCAAGCCAAUCGAUUACGGUCUGCUGGAUGAAAUAGGACACGGAAUAGCACUGACCAACAACAACAACAACCAGAAGAAGCAUCGCAUUUCGAGUCAGGGGUCCAUUCAAUCCCUAUCGGUGACUAAUAUAACGGUUGGUCCCCCACCGACUACAAAACCACCAACGCCACCUCAGAUGACCCGUAGUGCUGGGCACACAGGAACGCUUGGAAAAAACGCAAGUAAUACCGGUACCUUAGGCAAAGCAUCACGGGAAUAUCGUACCCCACCGGUGGUCAUUCCACCGCAGGUUCCUUCGCAUUAUGCUCCAAAUUUUCCGGUUGGACAUCCCAGACGUACAUCUGGCGGUGAACGUGGACCAGGAUACAGUGCCCUUCCUAUGCCAAUGCCACCCAGUCAGAUUGCAAUGCAUCAUCCACCGCAGAUUGGAAUGGUCCAUCCACUUCAGACUACAAUUCAACAUCAGUCUACAUUUGACGAACGUAACAGUAUGCCACCACCACCGUCGCCACUGACAGUAACGCACGAGAUGCCCGACCACGGCCAUAUUGGAAUGCACACGCUAAGUCGGAACAUGCCACGCCCUGGGUCACAAUCCCCACCAUUGCCACCGCCUCCUCCACCGGAAGAAUCCGAUCACGCCGAUUUCGGACGACCUAGAAAUACACAAAGCCUGGUUGCACCCAUCGUCCCAGAUGACCAAAACCUACCCGGAUGGGUACCGAAGAACUACAUCGAGAAGGUGGUCGCCAUCUACGACUACUACGCCGAUAAAGAUGACGAGCUGAGCUUCCAGGAAAGUUCAGUGCUGUACGUGCUGAAGAAAAAUGACGACGGGUGGUGGGAGGGCGUCAUGGAUGGAGUCACUGGACUGUUUCCGGGAAAUUACGUUGAACCAUGCGUAUAAAGAUAAUAAACGAAAUACUUCUACGGUACAAUUCACGAUAAAAGUUAUUUGAAACUUCAUUUCCAUAUACACUAUUUAAUCUGAAUACUUUAUGUAGCGCAGAAGACCGCAAUUGGAAACAGUUUUCUGCAUUAUACCUAAUUAAUAACGAAAAUAAACGUUGGGUAGUCAUCUAUAUUAAA